AUUGAACACCCAAACCAAAAUUAGAAAUGGAAAAUUCUUUCCGAACGAAAGCAUUAUGUAUAUUAACAAUGUAGCGAAAUAUUACAACUUCCAAAGUUAAGAGUAUGGCCAGCACAACUCCUCUUAACUCUUCAUUGUCGAUGGCGAGUUCAAUAUCUGAAUCAGAAGCUAAUAGGAAGCCAAACCUGAAGCUUUAUUCCUAUUGUAAAAGUUCAUGUGCUUGGCGUGUUCGUAUUGCGCUUAAUUUGAAAGGUUUGGAUUAUGAGUAUAAAGCGGUGAAUUUGUUGCAAGGAGAACAGUUUAGUGAUGAGUUUCUGAAGCUGAAUCCUCUUGGUUAUGUGCCAGUUCUGGUGGAUGAGGAUGUAGUAAUUGCUGAUUCACUUGCAAUUAUAAUGUUUCUGGAAGAGAAGUAUCCUCAAUAUCCAUUGCUGCCUCAUGAUCUUCAGAAAAGAGCGAUCAAUUACCAGGCUGCGAAUAUAGUCGCCUCAAAUAUACAACCUUUUCAGAACCUAGCUGUUUUGAAUUUUGUUGAACAAAAACUUGGCAGCACUGAGAAGCUUUCUUGGGUUCAACAUCACAUCAAAAAAGGCUUCACUGCAUUGGAGAAGCUAUUAGCAGGACAUUCGGGCAAAUAUGCUACGGGGGAUGAAGUUUACUUGGCAGACUUGUUUCUAGCACCCCAAAUCGGAGGAGCAAUUCAGAGAUUCCAGAUGGAUAUGGCAGAUUAUCCACUCUUAAAGAGGUUAAAUGAUGCAUAUUCAGAAGUGCCGGCAUUUCAGAAUGCUGUGCCGGUGAAGCAACCAGAUGCGAUCACCACAUCCUAGGCAGCAAGCCCUUUAUACAACCGCUGAACAGCUUCAGGGAACAAGAAUGGUACGAUGAGCAUUGAAUUCCUUCAGCAUGUUGUACUAUCCCAGCUCCAGGAGGCGCUACCUGCCUGUCCCAGAAUAUAAGAAAACCUAAAUAAUAUGUUGUUUCCUGCCCAAUAAUGGAAUUUGUGUACCUUAUAUACCAUGAGUUAAUCAGUCUGUAAUAUGAACUUCUGUAAUACAUCUGCAUCAAACCGUUGGGACGUUAUGCUAUGCAGCGUCCUGUAUAAAUGAGACACUAUGAAAUUCUUGUAUGGAUUAUUUAGUACUUCUAUAUGCAAUGCCGUUGGCCUGUCGGCUGUCGGUGAUUUGCCAAGCCUAGUCUAUUGUGCAGCUGCUUGAGGGUUUAUGUCUCAUUGUUCUUGGAAGUUGAGGUCUUAACUCUUAAGGUGCACCGGCAUCCGAAAGGAUGAUAUACUUCAUCCA